AUGGCUGACCCCUUUAGUAUUGUUGGAGUCAUUUCCACGGCUGAUGUUGUCUUCACGCGGCUCUUUAAAUACAUUAAGGGGGUCAAAAGGGCCGAGAAAGAAAUUCUGGACCUCGCCGCCGAGGUGAAGCGUCUGUAUUGGACACUGCAAAGCGUGAGGACGGCGGCCGAGGACCUCAAGGAUCUGAACGGUCAUGCACCUCUCGUCGAUCCCAAGCAUAUCUCGGAUUGUGUUACUACCUUGGAUGAGUUGCGCCAGUUACUUUCCAAAUAUCAACCUGAGGCCGAGGCGGAGGCUGAUUUAUCUAUCAGAACUGUCAAAGCUCGAUGGAUGUGGCCGAUUGACAAAUCAAAAGCUCUCGACCUCAAACGCAAAGUCCAUGAUCACAAUAUCAGCUUCACGACCUCGCUCAGCGCUAAUGGCCUCUCGAUGAUGGUGGCGAUGCUCAGUAAUGCAGAGUCAUCCGCUAGCACACUCGAAAAAGUCAGUAAAUUGCUGGAAGCAUCCGCCCAGAUCGAACUCAACAAGACCACACGGGAACUUUUAUCUGUUGUUGGCCCAACAAGACCUGUUGCGUAUCAAAAGACUAAUGCACAACUUCACCAUCCCGGAACAAGCAUCUGGUUCAUUGAAAGCGACGAGUUCAGAUGGUGGCUCGAAACUCAGAACUCCAAGCUAUGGGUCUUUGGCAUUCCGGGCGCUGGUAAAAGCGUACUGGCCGCCACGGCGAUUGAAAAAGCACUUGCAUAUGCAAAUUCGGACAAUGCAGUCGCCUAUUUCUAUUGUGACUACAAAGAUCCUGAAACGCAAGACCCAGUCAAAAUCCUGGGUUCUUUGGCCGAGCAAAUAGCGCGACAGGACUCUCGAAGCUUCGACAAACUAAAGGCAUUCGUUCACGCGCAUACUCACGAUAAAGACCUGCAAACUUUUAUCACCAAUGAAGAAGAGCUCUACAACCUUGUCAUCGCUAUGGCUGAGAACUUUGAAACCACUAUGAUCAUUGUCGAUGGCUUGGACGAAUGUGAAGACGUCCGCAGGACAACAAGGUGCCUCACAUUGCUAAGCGAGGGCUCGGCACGUAUAAAAACUUUUCUUUCAAGCCGGAAGAUUGUCGAUGUCGAAGACUUCAUGUCAGACUACAAGAGGAUAUCUAUAGCUGCAAGAAGCAGUGAUUUACGUCUCUACGUCGCAGCCGAGAUGGAAAACCGCAUGAAGCCAAGUAAUGUGAGACGUCUGAGGAUCAAGGAUCCAAGCCUUAAAGGCGAAAUUAUGGACAAGCUCAUCAACGGUGCUGAUGGCAUGUUCAGAUGGGUGGCGGUGCAGUUGGACUCUUUCUGCGAAAUGCCAUCUGACUUCGACAUCCGGGAAGCCCUCAACACUCUUCCUCGUGGACUAUUCCCCUCAUACGAGCGUGUUCUAGAUCGCAUCAGUCGGAAGCAUCCUCUUACACAGCGCCUGGUCCAGUGUGCCUUGAAGUGGAUUACCUAUUGCAACAUGGAGGUGCCGGCUCUUCUUGAGGCCCUUGCGGUAACUGAAGACACGCGCCAGCUUAAAAACCUGCGCAAAUACGAGGUGCAAGAUAUUCUUCUUCAUUGCGAGAGCUUGGUGCGACUGAGCUCAGAUGAAUACAAGGUUGAACUUGCUCACUUCACCGUGAAGGAAUUUCUUACAUCGGUCGAUACCACUGCAAGACCGGACCUGUCCAGCUACAAAUUGAACUUCGAAAGUGACCGCCAAUACCUAGCAGCAACCUGCUUGACCUUCCUCUGCUGCGGUGACUUUGACAUUUGCUUGAGGGAGGAAGAGUUGGCUUCCCGCCAUCAUGAACACCCCUUCCGACCGCAGGCCGUAGUGAAAUGGGUGAAUCUCGCCAGAGAUUGUACGGAGAGCCCGAGUGUCCGACAGCCCUUGAUGAGACUGUUUGGUCCUCAGAGCACACGUCUUGUUACUUCAUGGGCACAAGAAUAUCUCUUCGAGUUAUUUGGCUUCCGUAGCAUAAACCCGAGCGGUUUUUUUGGAUCACGAAUCCGUUGGAAAUCUUUCACUCCACUGCACUGGGCCGCAAUGAUGAGACUUCCUGACGUUUGCCGAAGCCUGACUUGCGUGCCAGGUCAGACCCAAGCAGGUUCUUCGUUCGGAACGCCGCUUCAGAUGGCUUUGGUAGGGUGCCAAUGCUACUGUGUGGCACAACAAGGCUCACGUGAAGCCAGCUUGAGUUACGGUUUUGAUGCAGAGAUUGAAGACAUCUUCCUACUGGAAACCGUGCAGGUCUUGAUUGAUCACGGAGCAGACGUCGAUGGAAAUUGGGUCCACCAAGAUGGAGUCUUGUCCAUGACUCCCCUGGUAAUGACACUUUUGACUCAAGAGUGGUAUUCCUUUCGACUCCUGCUUCGUGCGGGAGCCAAAUGUGGGAUUGUUGUCAUUGAGAAGUUGAUAGAGUAUCUGGAUUCCAGCGAGUUCGAAUGCGACGACACUGGCCUUAUGAGCAUUGUUGACAGCAUAUCAGAGCAAGAGAUUGCUCAUGGAGCCAAAGAAGCAUUUUCGAGGAUGAAAGCAAAAUUCUGCACACUCUCGCCUAGCGUCGACAUGCCAUCCGGAGCCCUCCAAAUCCUUUCUCAAUCUGCAGAUGUGGAAGCUCAACUUGAAUUGGUGCUUGACUCGGCCAGGUUCAACAAUGAGAAGAGUAUGACCUCCUUGCUUGAGGGUCUUUCAAUAGACUGUAAUUCGAAGAACCAUGCCGGUGAAUCAGCACUCAUGUUAGCAGCCAGGCAUUGCAAUGUGCCCAUUUUAAGAAUGCUCCUUGAGCAUGGGGCUGAGCUGGAGAUUGCAGACGAAAAGGGCAGGACACCACUACACCAUGCCGUCAAGAGUGGAAUGCCGGAAGCUGUGGAGUUCCUGCUUAUGACUGGGGCAAACCCGCUACUGUGUGACCACCGAGGUUGGAAUGCCUGGCAUUUCUGUGCAUCCAGAACGGAUGCCGAUAGUCGGCACAUCUUGGAUCUCCUUCUGGAGAAUGCUCCAGCAGGAGUAGACACGGUUGAUAAAAAAGGGCGCACGCCGUGGUUGGUCGCUGCCCAAGAGGGAAUUCCGGAGCAUUUCUCGUUCUUCGAGGAAGCUGGCGCAAACCUGUGGAGCACAGAUGUGUCUGGUCGGACAGCCCUGCACAUAGCAGCAGUCAACGGUAAUUGCGAAUGGGUGAAGCGCCUCCUUUCUCGAGGACAUGAUCCUGCAUCACUAGACUCCAAAGGCCAGAAUCCGUUGUCAUAUUCUGUGCCAACUAUUUGGCAACACGAUUCUUGCUUCAAGCUUCUUUACCACCACAGUCCCGAUCUUCUCCUCUCCAAAUCGCCAGGGGCAGAGUCCGCUCUGGAGCGCUUGUUGAUGUCCGAUAUGUGGAAUUCCGGUUCUUCCGCAACGGACGAGGCGCUUGAAUCGAUGAUAACAAAGAGUGCCGAAAAGAUCUUGCUGGGGAUCACGAUAUUUCUCAUGGCCUCGGGUUUUGUCCAUCUCCGUACGCCCUGCAGGAUGCUGAGGACAAUCUUCGCCGAAGAUAGAAGGUGCCUGACUGGUCUCUUCGACGAUAAAAACUUGCUGGAAAAAAUGUCAAGAUGUCUUUUUCAGGCGUUAGACACAUUGGCGUCCUCUUUCUUGGCAGGGGGCCAUUCCGAGCAAGAUGAAUUGGUAGGAUUGAGUAUAGUUCUGAUCGAUCAUCUGCCUGAAGAAUGUCUUAGAAAAAUUCGGGUAAAAGGCCGUCAAAUACUCACCUUUGGCCUUCUCCGGUCAGACGCUAUCGCGAAAGCCAUUCUCAAAAGGUAUGUGGAUCUCGAGACAAGAGACUUGGAAAUGGCCGACGACAAGCAUUGUGUCAAUGCGCUGGAGUGCGUGUUUUGGUCUCCUUGUGGCAAUGCACUAUUCGAGAUAAUCCUGGAAAGCGCCGGGUCUUUCGAUUCUAAGACGUUGCUGGGAGCUUCCUUGCUCCAUCUUGCAGCAUCGGCAUUCUACCUUGACAGGGUUGAACUGCUCCUGUCAAAGGGGCUGGACCCAAAUGAGAGGGAUCAUGGUGGUAGUAUUGCUCUCCAUUACGCUUGUUAUGCUCAACGUGUGGAAAGCGCAACAUUGCUGCUCACAGCUGGCGCAGACCCGUGGCUGUUGAACUCGAAUGGCGUCUCAUCGGUUCAACUAGCGAUUCAACACGGCUGGCUUGGCUUUCUCCAGUCGAUUCCUGUUGAGGGAGGCAGAUGGAGAGAAUCUUGUCCUCUGCAAUUGCCGCACGGCCUGCGGGCUAUCAAGCUUCACCACGCCGCAGCUGUCUACAGUCAGCUCGAGUGCCUCAAAUUCCUCCUCGGUCUCUCCCAGUACUUCAAGCUUGAGGAGCAAACGGACGAUGGAUGCACGUUACUGGAAAUCGCAGUUCAAAGGCGUUGUCAGCCGAUUGUAACAUAUCUACUGCAAAGUGGCGCCACACCCCAUCGUGCUAGGAAUGGCAACACUGCUCUGCACACGGCUGCUGAGUUCGGAGACCUCGAAAUUGUCAACGCGCUGUUAAAACAUGGAUUCGAUCCGCUCGAACCUGGAUCUUAUGGCCGCACGCCCUUAUCAAUUGCGAAGACUUUGAACUGGACCGAAGUCGUCUCGGUUAUUGAGGCUUUCAUUGCAGACAAAAUUUCGCAGGGCCAGUGUGGGUCUGUUCGUGCAGAGAAGAAAACGACGCCAACGAAUGUCUCAAAUUCCCCCCGAAGAGAGCUCAAGUACGCCAUCGACUCCAACAAUCUACAGUUGUGUCAGCGGCUGGUUUCCGAAACCCAUUUUCAAGUCGAGAGAUGUGCAUGCUGCGGGAGCACGAAUGCAAUAUUGUAUUCUUUAUGGGCAAAUAAGGAAGAGAUUUUUCUAUACCUCCUAGAGGCAGGACUGAACUAUGGGGAAAUGAUGCAUCAAGAAUACAGUGCUGUACACCUAUGCGUCAUGAGCAAUCUCCCACGAGCUCUGAACCGGAUUUUGGACAUGUGUCCGGAGCUGCUCUUCCUGCGAACGAAUGUUCACCCGCUCCACCUGGCUGUUCUGGCGCAACGGAACGAAUGUCUGAAAAUCAUGCUAGAGAAGAGGACCGACUGUUGGAGCAGGUUGCACAAAUCUCUCACUCUUUCCGUUAACCGCGACUGUCCGGAUUCGAGAGUUGCCCAUGCACAAGGCAGUCUCGACAUGUGGAAGAGACGUGGACCUCAAGGCCACCACCUGAUCUCGAUUGAGGAUCUCCUGGGUGUGGAAAUCUCUCCUGAGCUUCCGAAUGAUCUGGAACUAACGAAGGGUGUGAACGUGUCAAUGCUUCUCGGUGUAGGAGCUCACACAGCAUUGCAGUGUGCUGCCUACAAUGCCAAUGUCGAAGCAAUUCGUCUGCUCCUGGAACACGGCGCCCGGGUGAACCAGGAAUCGUCCAUUUACCUCGAUACAGCACUCUCUAUAGCUGCCAGGCGACCUGAUUCAAAAGCUGUCUGCGCUCUACUUGAUUAUGGCGCGUCAAUCCAUCACUUUCCAUCGGACAGCGAAAGCUGCGCAUGUUCAAUCCGUCUUGCCCAUUCCCAAGUAUCUGGGGAGAAGCUAAUUCAGUCUAAUUUGUUCCGCCUGCCAUGCUGCUUGGAUCGUCGGACUCUUAUCUCUGAGCUCGCGGCGUCAUCUAGGGUACUAGAGCUCUACGAGGCGGUUGGUCAUCCACAUGAAAUGAUAGAACCGGAUGGUCUCGGAUGGACAGCAUUACACUCUUGCUGGAACCGCGGCCCAGCUGUCAUGAAGGCCUACAUUCUAAACUCUGGCUUGGACUUGAGCGGACGUACAAGAUGUUUCGGUAGCGCCUUGAACUAUCACUGGUACGACUUCAACCAUGGACUGCUCCGGCGACUGCUGAGAAGACUGGGACGUGAACAGAGCCUUGACAUGCUGAAUGUCAAGCCAGAACAUCGCGACACACCCCUCUACGCCGCGAGUGCAAUGGGACAACUAAAGAUCCUCCGGCUGCUUCUCGUCUCUGGGGCGGAUCUGGACUUGAUCGGCGGGCAAAUGGGCACGCCGCUUAUUGCCGCCGCAUCUUAUGGCAGACUGCACAUCGUGAAGGAGCUCAUCAGCGCUGGCGCCGGGUUCUCGUGCUUCUGUCCCGCUCUGGGUGAAGUGGUCAACGUCUUCGACCAAGCACGAGACUUCCCGGAAAUCCAGCGUUGGCUGCUGGUCGGAAGAUGGAUGGAAAGGAGUUGUAUUGGCUGGGUCGGAUCUACAUGUUGACGGUGGGUAUGGAAUUGCGGGCAGCCACAGAUUAAUCCUCCAGACUGUGAACCCC